AUGUCUUCGACAAUCCCCCCAGACCAGCUCGUCCUGGCCCGCGAGACGGUCCGCCCGAACCUCGUCAAGAGCCUCAUGCUCCAAAACCGCCUCGCCCACUCCUUUGGCCUGCGCGUCGCCUUCUCCACCGAGAUGCCCCUCGUCGCCAAGCGCGCGGGGUACUCCGCCGUGCUCAUGAACCUCGAGCACAUGGCCAUGAGCAUGGAGACGAUGAAGGACAUUGCCGUGUCGUGUCUGAACGUGGGAAUCACCCCGACGGUGGUCGUCCCAACGUGCUCCCAAGAAUGGAUCUCGCGCUGCCUCGACUCCGGCGCCCAGGCCGUCAUCGUCCCGCACGUCAACAACGUGGAACAGGCAAAGAUGUGCGUCGAUGCGUCAAAGUUUCCUCCACUGGGUCACCGCUCGGUCACAAUGGUCACCGCAAUGACCCAGUACACCACCCAGCUAUCCUACGCGGCCAUCGCCGAGGUCGUCAACGAUGAGGUGCUGAUCAUGCCAAUGAUCGAAACCAAAGAGGGCGUUGAGAACGUAGAGGCAAUCACCGCGGUACCCGGCAUCGACGCACUCUUCAUCGGAUGUGCAGACCUUUGCAUGGAACUAGGUAUUCCCGGCCAAUACGACUCGGAGCUGUUCCAUUCGACCGUGGCCAAGAUUGCAGGCGCGGCGGAGAAGGCGAGCGUAGAUGGCCGCAGGGUGUAUGUCGGACUUGGGGGGUUGGAACCGAGGCCAGACCUGCUUGAAGAAUUUGCGAAGCGACACUCUCCUGUUCGAUUCGCCAUGGCAGGCCGCGACUUGGCUCUGCUGCUGGCUGGCAUGUCCAAACAAGCGGCGUCAAUGAAUGACAUCUCGACAAGGCUUCAGUAA